GUCUGGGACUCUUUGCCCUCGGCCGAGAAAGCGCGGCUCCACGAGCUCGUGGUGCGCUUGGAUGCGCAGCUCCUGAACGCACAGCCGGGCGAUCCGAGGAGCUUCUUGGUGCAAGCCAUCACGGAUGGAUAUCCAUUGACCACCUCGACCGUGUACCCUCACUUCUCCGGGGCCCGACCGGAGAAGGUUGCAGUGAAAGCCCCACGUGCCAUGGGCAAACAGGAGGCCAAUGCUGCCUGGCCGGAGCUGGAAAGUGCCCUGUUUCUGCCGGACGCUUUUGGCCUUCGCGGUCCAGGAGGAGACGAUGCGCGAUUGCAGUAUUUGCGAGAGCUGCUGGCCAGGGGUCUGGCGCCAGACUACAGUUUUCGAGGUCGGCCGUUGCUUCAUCGCGCUUGCGAGUCCGGAGACCUCCAACUGGCGGAGCUGCUCUUCUCUUGUGGCGCGGACCUGCAUGCGCGCGGUGGCGAAGAGAUGAGCUUGCCGAUCGAGGUCGCCUCCUGGUGUGGUCAGAUGAGCGUCCUCCGCCUGCUGCUGACGAACGGACUCAAGCAGGUGCUUGUAUAG